AUGGCUGGCCGACCGACUCGCUGGAUUAAGGAGCAGACAGUGCUCAAACCUGCACCGCAAGAUGUGCCAGAUAGCGACUGGCCCUGCUACGUGCUGCGCGAUGCCACAAUCUACCGAAAAGACGGCGAAACACUCGCCAAUCCUCUGCUGGUCCAUCUCGAAGGCCCCCUCGUCAUUCGUGGUAUCUUUGACGUUGACGACGUCGAGGAAGCACUAGUUUCCAACAUCGUCAAACCGAACUUCCGCACCGCCAAGAUCGAGAUCCCCCAUUCUGAGCGAUACUCCAUCGGCUACGGUCCCCUCACCCUCUGGGGUUCGGGUGCCGCUGGCUGGUUUGAGAUCCGACCAUCCUUUAGGUACCAGCGGAUGUACGAUCAAGCUCAGGAGGCGAUAUCACUUUACUACAGCGCGCUCGAAGUGUACGAGCGCCAUAUCAAAGCGUGCAAGGGCAAAAAGAAGGCUCAGCGGCCCGCUGCUCCCACUCUCGACGACGUUUUUUUCAACUACGCCCUUAGGGCCGGAAAUGGCAUUGUCCGCGACGAGGUCGAGGCUUUGUGCAGCAAGUGGGCGGACUUUUUGAUCCCACAAUUUGACAAGGAGGCUGAGCUGGACUGGACUCCAACUAAAUUUGCGAAGUGGCUACGCAAGUUGCACCCCGAUGUGCAGAAAAGGCUCGAUGAUAUUGCGAGGGGGGUGAUUCCUCCGUUGCCUCCCCCGCCAGAGGCUGAUUUCGGCGACUCGCACCCUGCCAGGGGUAGGAGGAGUCGAUCGGCAAGAGCCAGCAGUGAAAGCACGCUGAGCAGCCGAGAUAGUGGGCCUGAUACUGGAGGGGUGCGAGGCAAUUCAUCGAAGCGUCCUCAGAGCCCGAAGGCGAAAACGCUUGCGAGCAGAGCCAAACCCAAAAUCAGCGAAACCCCUGUACCGGUACCCGAGAAAUAUCGUCAGCUUACCCGUCCGGCAGCAGCUGCUAGUGCAUCUCCAGUUCCUUCCAGAGCUUCGGAUGCUGAAGGGCCAGGCGUUGCGCAUGCAUCCCAGACUCAUGCGGAAUCAGUGAAUCGACUUCUCGGGACACUCCAAGAAAUCGCCGAAGAGAGAAACGUCAAGAAGUCUAGUGCUUCCUCGAUCCGUGGCCAUAUCUUCUUCCGCUGUAAAAUUCGCAAUUACCAUGAACGCGACAAUAUCAUCGCAUUUUAUGCGAAAGAUUUACUCCCCCUCCUUGACACGGCGUGGAACGACUCGCCCAUGGAGGCAUGGCUUAAAGAAACCAGUUCAAAGCCAUGGGAGCCACUCCCCGGCCUGGAUCCAGCGAGAAUUCCGGAACAGACCCAACGGAGAACAAAGUUGGUUCCGAAAAAGGAUCCAGCGGCAAAAACAGCCAGGGUUCCUCCUGCUGUUACUUUCAAAGCCAGUGUCACGGCCGCCCAGGCGCAAAUUGAAAGCGACUGGGAGGAUGAUGAAUUCGCAGACUUGCGCCGGAUCGCAUCGCGACCCCCGCCGCGGAAUCAGAGGUCUGGCAAGGGGGCCACUCUGCGCCUCGCUACCAGUUCCAAAAAGCGGCCACGUUCGGAAGUUGAUGACCAAAGCAUUGGAAGCCAGCGCGGUAGGAAAUCAACUAAGGUCAACCACAGCUUUGAAGAUGAGGAGUUUGAAGAGGAUACCAGCGAUGAGGAUGUUUCCGCUGUCGACCAGGAGACAGCGGUGGGCUCCCAGCCUCCUCUGCCCGAGGGUGUGGUUCGCGUCGUUGUCCAUGCUGAGCGAGUCCCUACAUCAUCCCCCAAAGGCGCCGACGGUACUUGGACCUGCGAGCAGGAAGGGUGUACCUAUGUCGUUCGGUCUGCCGAUGAGCACGACUCGCAAGAAGUUAUACAGGCACACUUCCGCGACCACGAGGCGCAAGCUGACAAGAUUAACCUCGCCGUCAAAGAGAGCCGCGGCCACAUGCCCAUCAAGUACGCUUACUUUCCCCCUAUUCUCUUAGUCGUCUGCAUGCACGGCACCUAG